AAUAAUCCCUGAAAUUAGCCGACAUGACCAACGGUUACUUUCUACUUAUAAAUCAACAGUACAAAGAAUCGAUAACGGCUGGAUGGACGUGAUUCAUUUACAUAGUCACGAAAUAAGAGUAUUUCGCUUUGAUUGAAUUAAUUAUGCCUUCUCGAGGCGAAGAUAUACUUAAGGGCUUCCAGGUUAAUUGGAUGAAUUUACGAGAUGCUGAUAAUGGCAAAAUAUUAUGGCAAGGUAACGAAGAUUUGUCUGUACCUGAGGUCGAACAUGAAGCAAGAGUACCUAAAAGAAUUUUAAAGUGUCGUGCAAUAUCACGAGAAAUUAAUUUUAGUUCUGCAGAACCAAUGGAAAGGUUUAGGUUAGAACAGAAAGUGUUGUUUAAAGGCAGAUGCUUAGAGGAAUGGUUCUUUGAAUUUGGAUUUGUUAUACCUAACAGUACUAAUACGUGGCAAAGUUUAAUUCAAGCUGCUCCAGAAAGUCAAAUGAUGCCUGCUAACAUCUUAAAUGGGAAUGUUGUGAUAGAGACAAAAUUUUUCGACGAUGAUCUAUUAGUCUCUACCAGCAAGGUUCGCCUUUUUUACGUCUAAAUGUUUUAUUCUACUUUAACGAUAUGACGUGGGUCCAACUAAUGUGUUUCAACGUGCACACAUGAGAUGGAGUACUGAAGAUGAUAAUAAUCUUAAACAAAGUUCAUAUUGAACAUUUUACUUCAUGCACCUACUGUGAUACGCACUGUGCUAAAUAUAUUUUCUCACAUUUUCAUGAGUAAAACAAAUGGCACUAUAUUUCAGUUUUAUAUAAGCUAAAAAAGUGUUACUAUAGUAAUAUUUAAGAUGUGCACUUUUAAGGCACAAUACACCUUUAUUUAAGUAUAAAUGGAUGUAGCAGAUUUUGUACAUAUUGUAAUACACUACACUGUUCCAAUAAAAAGAUGUAUAAAA